CGACCUUCAAGAAGAGGAAAAUGGCCCUGGCAGGUGGCAUUACUCAACAGAUUUAAGGAGGCAUUCUGUGGUGGCACCUUAAUCUCCAGCAUGUGGGUGGUGACAGCUGCUCAUUGUGUGAGGAAGAAGCUCUUCAUUAGACUGGGAGAGUACGACCUCGCCACCAAGGAAGGAUCUGAACUAGAAUUCAAGGUUGAAAGGGCAAUAAAACACCCAUACUAUGACUCAGAAACAGUCGACAACGAUAUAGCACUUUUGAAAUUUGGCACGACUGGCAGAGCUCCUAGCGGCCAUUUGCCGAACCCCGUUUGCUUGCCACGUGGCUACCAGGCGCUUCCCCCCACCUCCUCACUUUGCACCAUCAUUGGCUGGGGAAAACGGAAGGACACUGACCACUAUGGCACUGACAUUCUGCAUGAGGCACAGGUUCCUAUUGUAUCAACUGAUGAGUGUCGUGAGGUGUAUGAAGAAUACAGAAUAACGGACAACAUGUUCUGCGCCGGUUACAGGGGUGGCCGCAUGGACUCGUGUUCAGGAGACUCGGGUGGCCCCCUGCUCUGCAGAGAGUCAGCCGACAGUCUGCGGUGGACCAUUCACGGCAUAACCAGCUUCGGGGAGGGUUGUGGCAGGAGGGGAAAGUUCGGAAUAUACACCAGGAUGUCAAACUAUGUCAAGUGGACCAAAUCUGUUAUGCGCCAGUAUUCGUAAAGGACGUCAAAAGAUACCUAACUAUUAUUAAAUUAACUAUUUAAGACUAGAAUAUUGUCUAGAAAUAUCAUGAAUCUAUUGUAAAGUUACAUAUAGUCCUAUUUCGGACUACUUGUCAUCUCAAUUUGGGAGAGGAAUAGCACAAGUUACCUUAUUCUUCCUCUCCCUAUCAUUUGAUAAUGUACUUAUUGUAUAAAUGAUUAAGGAAUAAAUUUAUUAAGGGAUAAAAAUACAUGUUUCGACACCAAUGGUGUCAUCUCCAAGGUAUCACAAUUAAAUUACUCCGGUUUCAAGCAUCUUCUAUGUGGAUGAAUGUAUGGAUGUCUUGAGGGAAGAAAAUUACAUGUCAUAGAAUUAUUACAAAAUAAAAAUUUCCUUUAAAUCAACUGAAAUUAAUCGAUUUCUUCCAGGGGGUGUUCCUGAAGGCAGUGUUUUUCUUUGACGUCUCCUCUUUGCACUAUCAUAUUUUUCUGUGUUUUUUAUUGAUUGUGACGAUUCAAUGUUGUGAA